AUGGUAGAGAGAACAAUUGAGAGUUUGAAUAGGCGAACAUGUACUAAAUUUAGUGAACAGGGUACAACAAUUGAGUGGCAUACACGGUUUGUGCCAGUGACACAGAAAAAGGAAGAUUCACAAAAUGUGGUAAUAUCUGAAUGGCAUUAUAACAUCUUCGAAAUGACAGAUUCACAUUCAAAUGGUAAAGGUGUUUGUGAACUUUCAUCUUCACCAUCAAAAAGAUCUGUGGAUCGUCCACUCGGUGGGAUAGCUUUAUUUGGUUCGGGAAACGAACUUUUGUGUGAAAUGAAAAAUCGCCUAAAAUUAAGAUCAACUGAACACUCAGACACUAAAGAAUUGCCUUCAGAAAUUUUGAUGAAUCAUGAAGUUGAACAACUAGAACCAUCUUCAUACGACAAUAUGUCUUCUAGUGUGUCAACUAAUUCCAGUCCCAGAUCAUCAAUAUACGAUGAUGUUGAACAAUCUGAGUUCAAAACAGUGUCAGAUAUUUUAUUGAAUCGCGCACGUAAACCUCCAACACGGAAACCAACUUUGAGUCGUAGCCUAGACGCUCCAAAUAGACAACCACUGAAUACUUCUAGUACUUCAUGUUUAUCUCAUCUAGACGAUAAUUCUCCCAAAAUACUCGAUGGUUUAACAGAAUUUUUCAAUUCAAACGGCUAACUGCCCUACAGGUAAUUCAUUUUUGACUGAUAAUUUUACGUAAGUAGUUUGAACCUUGAAAGGCUUCCCAUUUAUACGACUUUCACAUAUAGGUAGUCUUUUUCAGAUUGAAUCUCACUGGAAACAUAACCAGCGUUAUUGUUACCAGCCAAAAUUAAUGGUUGUCUAAAAUAUUCCUUUUAUCAGUGUUUGUCAUUACUUUCUUGUAUUAUUUUUAAACUUGAUUGGUAAGUGUAAUAUAACACAACGAAUAAAGUUCUAAAAUAUAAAACCGAUAAACGUUGCUCUACAGUGAACUGGUAAAACAUUGCAACUUAUGACUCGCACAAACGUACACUGAUAAGAUUUUGUAGGUUUUCA